AUGACCCUGUACUUCUUGCUGCUGAAGGACCGCAAGACCCGCUAUGUGUGGGUGAGGCCGGUCGCCAAGAAGUCGGAUGCGCCGCAGGAGUUCGUGCAGUGGCUGGCGGUAGCUGAGCGACAGACGAAGAAGUCGGUGCUGAUGCUGCACUCAGACCGGGGAGGGGAGUUCCUCGGGAAGCAGUUCACCGACUUCGUGAAUGGCAAGGGGAUCGUCCACGACCUGACCUGCCCGUACAUCCCGCAGCACAACGGCAUGGCGGAGCGGGAAAUGAGGACGGUGGUAGAGUCGGCCGUCUGGGUCCGCAACUGCCUUGAGAGGUCAACGCUGCCGCCGGGGACGACGCCGUACCAGCUGCUAACAGAGAAGAAGCCCGACUUGACGCUGGCACGUGUGUGGGGCUGCAUGGCGCAGUUCCUCGUCCCCGAGCAGCAGCGCGGUGGGAAGCUGAAGCCGAAGGCCAAGUGGGGUCUUCACCUCGGCGUGUCGCAAGAGAGCAAGGGCUGGGAGCUUCUCGACAUCGCCGACAACCGGGUGGUCACCACGUCGGACGUGGUGUUUUACGAAACGAUGUCGCCGGAGGUGUGGAAGUCGGAGCACGAGCCAACAUCGGGACGGACGCCGACCAACCCGCCGACGGACACCUCGAUGACGACACUGCCUUUGCUCGCUGAGGUCGGUGAGCUUGUCGAUGAGGACGCCGAGGACGUCCGCCCUCCUUCCCCUCCUCCUGCACCUCCUACACCACUUCUUAUCGCCGACCUGGAGGAGCAGGCCAAAGAGGUGCAGCCGACUUUGGUGAAGCCGGCGAAGGAGGCAUCAGCGGGGAAGCCGCUGACAGGGGAGAAGCCAGCAGCAAAGCCGACCAAGGAGCAGUCGGCGACCGGGCAGUCGGCAGGGACAUUGAACACAGGGGAGAAGUCGGCAAAGUUGCCGACCGUGGUGCAUCAGGACGCUGAGGGCAGCGAUGACGGGGAUGACCAAGGGGAGUAG